AUGGAAGCAUGCGGAGAUGAUCCACAAGAAGAUGAUGAUGCAGCAGUUGAGAAAGUGGAUUCGUGUUACGAUCUGUGCAAUUACGAAGAGAAGAACCGUUGCCUCGUCGAAGGUGUACAGGCAGCGCUUGGUGCCCAGUUGCGGUUGGCAGGAGCAACUGGCCAGUCGAGUGUGGAGGAGCUGGUCCGUCUUGCCCGGGAGCUGACUGGGGAACCACUGACCAGGUUGCAGUCGCAGGAGAAGAGGAAUGGUUCAUCAGUGGAGGAACUGCAGACCAAAGUGGGCCAACUCGCCCAACAACUGGCAGCCAUGAAGACGGAAGUGCGGUGGCACGCUCGAACGAGCCGGUGUUACAAGUGUGGCAAGCCUGUCCCCGUACCCGAUCACUUGUAUGAAAUAAAACUUU